CACCCCUCCAGAAAUUCUAUUCAAAUCAUUCCCAUUUCUACACAGUAUCAACCUAUUCUUCUCUCUCUCUCAAGGAUGGAGUCUCACAUGUUCUUAUGCACACUUAUUUCACUAUUGACCCUUUCUCUCUCCAAACUCGCAGAUUCAGAAAAUGUACCAAUCCCCAAGUUUUCUUUUGGUUGGUUGGAUGACAGAGACACAUUUUUGGCUGGUGAUAUAGCAACUAUAAAGGUUAAAUUGUUGGGAAAUUAUGAGAGAGACAAGUACAAAUAUGGUUUUAAUCCUAAUAUUACGGUGAAUGAGAAGAUGGGCAAUAGUUCUUUGAUUUCUGGGGUUUCUUUUAAUUUUGAUAGUAACCCCAGUGAUUGGAGGAUUUCGUUCGUUCCGAUUAUGGUUGGGUUGUUUAAUGUGCUUGUUACUGAUGACCAUUUCAAUGUACUAGACUCGUCGCUACAUUUUCGAGUCACACCAGGGAAAAUGUAUCCGAUGGCUUGUGUGGUUUCCUGGAAGGCUGAGAUGAAUGAGUUUGUGGCUGGGACUAAAGCCACAGUUCUGAUAAUUCCUAAAGAUGCAUUUAGGAAUAAUGUCUCUUCAGCUAGUGAAGGGCAAAGUACUUUCAAUUUUACAGUGUCUGCAUCUUAUGUAAAUGGUUCCAUUGCGAGUGUGCUCAACAUUGCAUUCAUGGGAUGGAAUGACGUUGGCUAUCUCAGCUUUGAGUUCACUGCAGCCUCAGCUGGAUCCCUCUUACUUCAUGUUGAGGAUAAAAACCAAAGCUUGAAUGGCUCUCCUCUGCCAUUCAAGGUGAAUCCAGGAGCGUUAGAUGUCUCUAAUUGUGUGGCAAACUGGAAUAUUGAAACAAAUUUCUUUCAAUUGUUUUCUAAGAUGGAAAUAUUUAUACACCAGCGGGAUCAAUAUGGGAACCUUGUUCCAGGGCUAUAUCAAUUUGAUGUUGAAGUUAUUGAAAAGGGGAUAAAUUUGUUCAUGCCUGUAGCAGAUUUGAGCUCCAAAGAAGUGGUACCGGGUAUUCAGGUGUUUUCUUUUAGCCUAGAGGAACCAGGAAACUUCAUGCUCGUGAUUUCUGAUAAGGAGCAGAAUAAAACCAUAUCCAAUAUGCCAUAUAAUUUUACCGUCUUUAUAGGUUAUUGUGAUGGAAUGAAAAGUAUUGUGAACGGAUCUGGUUUAAAUGAUUCUGUUGCUGGCGAAGUUGCAAGGUUUUCAGUUGUUUUGAAAGAUGCAUAUCAGUAUCCUGCUCCAGUUGAGUUAGAAAAGCUUCAAGUACAGAUAAUGCGGGAAAUUGAUUCCUAUUAUGUACAAUCAAGCAUAUAUCCAAUUCAGAAUGUGAAUGGUAGUUGGUUCACUAGAGAUCCGACCAAGGAUAUUGUCAUUCAUAUGGAAACUGCUUCUGCACCAUCUGUUAACCCAGUUAACAAUUCCAUUGAGCACUGGAAAAUCCGGGCUAGCUAUUUUGACGUCAUUUACACACCAAUUAAGAGUGGGAUAUAUGAUAUUACUGUAUUUUGUGGAAAUAUUCCCCUGAAUGGAGGUCAUCCAUUCCGAAAGGAAGUAAGUGCAGGUGAGGUUAAUACAUCCCUUUCUGGAGUAGUAAAAUUUGCACCAAAAGUGCCAAAGAUGAUAAAAAAUGAAAUAGUUGUGCAGCUCGUGGAUUCCUUUUCUAACCCUGUAUUGUUACAACAGUCAAAGCUACAACUAGAGAUUGCCUCAAUUAACAAAUCUGGUUUCUCUACAUGGAUUUUUGUCAAUGACAAUGAUGGUUUAUACACUGGCUGCUAUCUGGCAAAGCAUGUUGGCACUUACGAGAUGUGUGCUUCGUUUGAUGGCAAGCAUUUCCUGCCCUGUCCUUUUGGGGUGAAUGUGUACAGUAGUGAAUAUUUUCCUAGAGCCUAUGACGAUUCAGUAUCUGUUUGGGAGGAUGAGUCAAUUGGUUUUAAUGCCACAGAAAAUGAUUACUUUGCUGGUGGCAAUGCACGCAUAGUCGAAUUUUCAAAACCAGGUCAUGGUUCACUACUACAGUAUGGACAGCUCUUAAGAUAUACACCAUAUAAAGGAUUUGUUGGGAAUGAUUCUUUUUUGUACACUAUAUCUGAUUCAAAUUCCAAUCUUGCCUCUGGUGCUGUAAACAUAUCUGUCCACAGCAUCCCACCACAGUUUGUUUCCUUUCCAAGUCAGCUGCAAGCAACUGAAGAUGUAAUUAGUCCCAGAUUUGGUGGUUUCCCUGGCAUUGAGAUAAUAUAUUCGGAUUUGAUGGAAACGAUUUCUGUUACUCUUAUUGCACGCUCUGGAACCGUCUUUCUCUCUCCUAUGCAGAUACAGUUUUGGCAGCCAAUGUGGAGUGAACUUUCUGUAAGAAAAGGGGAUGGAAAGGCUACAGAUCUAAUAUUAGAGGGCUGUUUAGAAAUGAUCAAUUUCGCCCUUCAGUCAAUCCAAUACCUUGGAAAUGAGAACUUUUGUGGUGAUGAUACGAUCCAUGUCUCUACCAUGAACAGAAACGGAGUAAAUGAUUUGGAUGUCCCAAUUUUUGUGGAACCAAUCAAUGAUCCUCCAUUCAUUAACGUCCCAGAUUUUAUUAUCUUGGAGAAGAAGAAUAAUCAAGGACUUCUGAUAUUUGAUAGGCAAAGAGAUAAGUUUGAUUUCUCCAUUGGGGAUCCAGAUCUUUUUAACUACCCUGGGAACAAGUCUCACUUUCUGGUCAUGUUUUCUCUGGAAGUGAAUUCUGGAUUUUUUUCUACCGAACUACCUGCAGAGCUCAUCAGUACAACUGAGCUGAAGUUAAAGAACAGUUAUCAAUGGCAGCCCCUUCAGACAUUUGUUACCAUCUCGCAACAUUUUAUGGUUGAAGCAAAAGGCAUUAGAUUGCGGGGAACAGUUAAUGAUUGCAACAGUAUAAUGCAGCAACUGUUGUAUAAUGGUGAAGGAUAUGGUGCUGUUUUAACGGUGAAAAUAAAUGAUAUGGGAAACUAUGGGUGCUAUCCAGAUUGUGCGGAGAAGAUGUCGAUGCCUCUUUUUGCUGAGGCUAACAUAAAUCUCAUGAGAAAAAGACCAAUGAAAUCAUUGGUAGCUCAUUUUCUAGGAUCGGCAAUCGUGAUAGAAUUUAUAUUGAUUUUUUCUCUUGGUGUGCUACUUCUAUAUUAUACGUGCAAAUGCGCAAUUGUUCUGGUCAAUGAAAAAAGGAGCCGUGGUGCCCGGAACAUUGAGCUCUGUCAGGUGCAAAGUUCCAGUAAGAAAACUUCCAGUACAGAUUUAUCUGAGAAUGUGACUCACUUCACUGGGUGGUGUCCAAGACCCUCCUUGCGCAUGAGCCAGCCCUCAAACUUUCGCCAGCGGUCAAAUUGCGGACCAAGAAAUGGAGAAUCUAGCAAUGAUACAAUUCAUUAUUCUCAUUCUUCUAGUGAUCAACAGCAGGAGACACCUAUGCCUAGUCUUGCGCCAUCGCCACUUGCCUCCGGGGAGAAGGGGUAAAAUGAAACAGUUUGUGACGGUGCAUAACUUGAAACAAAUUGAUUCAAUUUAAGUCUUGAUUCCUUGUUUAAAUACAUUGGAUGGUUUCAACACCAUUCAUUUGUUUGUUUUUAUGUAUUUUUCAUUGGAACAGCUAAUACAAUCUAUUAUAGCCUCCUCCUCUUCUUCUUCUUCUUCUUCUUCUUCUUGUAUAGUUGACCAUGUGUUUUAAGUGGUCUUGCUUGGAAGAGGGUGGGAGGUAGUCCCAUCACACCCCCAGCGGCCACCACACAACAAAUGUUUGAUAAGACAUAGAAAUCAAUUACAAAAUGAAUACAAUAUGAGAUAAGUCUCA